AUGCACCCUAACGGCCUGUUGUACGGGCUUGCUUUACUCUUCUUCAGCAGCGGGGCCGUGUCCCUCCAGCACCAGGAAAGCCAGUUUGAUCUGAUGCAUAGUAAGGGUCAUUCCAUGACAAGACAAGCUUCUGUCUCAAACACGACCAAACCAGCAAGCAACGCGGCCUCAUCCACACAGACCCUGAUCACUCUGGACCCCAGAACAUCCUCCCGUGUAUCAUCGACAUGGACAACCAUCGGAAGCUCCAACUCGGCGCCGAAAAUACAGACAAUCUCAGGAGGAGAAGUCGUCGUAGCAGUCAUCGGCGAAACCUACCUGGCUGGUGUCGGCAGUGGUUCCCUUGUAGUCGCCGGUGUGACCCACACCCUGGCUCCUGGAGCCGUUGUGUUAAUCAUCGGCACUGGAGCAAAGGGUGAUACUCCAGAGAUUGAGAACCUCUCGAAUCCAGCCCCAACACAAAAUCAGCAGACCUCAAAUCCAACUGAAUCAAUGCCUCCUUCAUCUGAACCGUCAGUUCCCAGCUCUAAGUCUGCGGUUCCCACUUCAACUUCCGCCACAUCGUCGUCCACGCCGUCAUCUACGGCAGUGCACAUCCCGUACAUCAUUCUUACUUCGCAAAACUCCACAAAGGCAGAGAUACAGGAGCUCAACAGCACUCUCUCAAGUAAUGCAGCUCCAAGAUCUCUAGAAGAAGCCACCAGCGACCGAACUGGUAUGGUGGCCAUCUUCAAAGCGAAUAUUACCUCUGAGCAGGCCGAGGCCAUUUCAAAGCGUGCCGCUGUUGCCGGGGUGACUCCCGAUGAGAGGCUGGAAGAGGAACAGCCUCCUUCAUCUUUUACACCGCCCUACACAGCAUCGCGUGAAGAAACAGCCGCUGGUCUCCCCGGUUCGCCGAGAAGAAGUUUGUCAAACCCGGCUGCCAUCUCCCUGCAAUAUAAUGCUGUGGAUGAGCUCAAAGUAAUCUCGCAGCCAUCUGGAGCAAGCAUUGCCAACUUACCUGGGUUUGGAUACGCCUCAGAGGCAGGGAAGGGUGUCACAAUUUAUGUCAUUGACAAUGGCGUCAACGUCCAGAACUCCUCAUGUGCAUGGAAUGAAUGGAAGGGCAUGACUGGAACCAAGGGUUUCAUGUACGCUCCCGGCGCGACGAACGACGAGUCACCUUUCGUAGGCCAUGGCUCGUGUGUGGCGUCAAAAGCAGCCGGGCCAGCAUAUGGCACUGCGAAGGAUGCCAACUUGGUCUCAGUCAAGAUGCCGGACACCCUUGCGAUAUCUGCUCUUUUCACCGCUUUGAUCGAGAUCAGUAACGAUGUUUUCCAGAAAAAGCUUGGGGGCAAAGCUGUCAUCAACAUAUCGCUAUUAUGGCGCUUGCCCGACAAGUAUUCCAGUACUAAUACCGCAUACAGACUGCUCCUUGUCGCCCUCAUGGCGGAAGACAUUGUUAUCGUUACGGCCUCCGGUAAUUCUGCUAUUUUUGGUAUCGAUUAUGAGAAGGCGUUCCCUGCUCCCGUCGGUACCGAUCAUUUGACGCAUUACCCUGCUCUCUUUGGACCUACCACCGAUAUCAUCGUCGUUGGCGCGACUAAGAAUGAUGGCUCUCGUGCAUCUUUUUCUCAAGGCACCCGAAAUGAGUUGACAGUCUCUGCCCCUGGUUGGGUGCAGUGUGCAUCGGGCACAUCCCCCGGUACACGGUAUCUGUCCGGAACUUCCUAUGCUGCGCCGGCAGUCGCUGGUGUGAUUGCGGUCUGGCUAUCUCAAGACAAGCACAAGGCUCGUCUUCAGGUUCCGGGAUCGGUCGCCAAAAAUGUCAAGAAGAUGUUGAAGGCCUUUGCGUACCCGAGAGUGAAAGGCGGUCCCGCCGUCGUCUGGAACGGCAUUGAUCCUCGCGGGUUGUCAUGA